AUGAGCAUAAACUUAGGUGACAUAUUUACAAUAUCCGGGAGAAGACAAUCACAAAAAGAGGAUAGAUACACAAAGAGUACAAUGGGAAUACACACAAAUGUUCUGGCCAGCAUAAGGCUUAUGACAUCUUCCCGAAGCACUCGGAUAGAAAACAGACAUAUUGACACGUCUCCACAUAGGAUACUGGAUGCACCAGGUAUGCUGGACGACUAUUACCUCAACUUGCUCGACUGGAGCACCACAAAUCUUCUGGUAAUAGGGCUGGGAGAGUCUGUCUAUGGAUAUAAUGCCGUUGACAAAAGUGUAGUCGAUAUCCAUUCUGGGGAGAAUUAUGUGUCAUCGGUAAAAAGCAAUGGAAACAUCCUUUGCAUUGGUACUUCAGACGGAGCGAUGCGCCUUGUAGACACCUCGGUGAAUAAGGAGAUAAAUACAAUAAGAAAUCACCAAGCCAGAGUCUCAUCGUUGAGUUGGAAUGGAAACAUAAUAAGUAGUGGAGACAAAGCGGGAAAGUUAUGCAACUUCGACACAAGAUGCGGAAAAAUCUCUAUGGUUGGAGCCCAUUCCCAGGAAAUAUGUGGCCUGGCAUGGAGUGCAGAUAUGAAAUAUCUUGCUAGCGGGGGAAAUGAUAAUGUUAUAAGAAUAUGGCAAUUGGGAAACAACAAUUCGCAAACGCUUUUAGGGCAUAAAUCUGCUGUUAAGGCUCUUGCGUGGUGUCCUUGGAGAUCGGGGAUAUUGACUUCUGGAGGAGGAGCAAAGGAUAUGACCAUAAAGUUUUGGGAUGUUGCCGAAAAUAGGCUGGAAAGAAGCAUAAGCACACAGUCUCAGGUGUGUACCCUCACAUAUCUCCCCAAGUAUAAAGAAAUCAUCUCCUCGCACGGAUACAGUGAAAACGACAUUCGAAUAUGGAAGACUUCCACAAUGAAUCUAAUCUCUUCCUUCGGGAAGCACGGGUCGAGAGUUCUUCACGUAGCUCUAAGUCCUGAUGGAUCGGAACUGGCCUCGGUAUCUGCAGAUGAAAACUUGAAGUUCUGGAAGAUAUUCAACACAGAAAAAGCAUCUGUAAGAAGAGACAGCCUCUCGUUUAGGUAA